AUGCUUCAAGCUCAGUAUUUCAUGACGGAUACCGAAAUCGCAAUCCCAGAUAUUUGCGAGAUGAAUGCAGAAACUGCCAACAGUGCUUGCCUUAGACAUUGUCAUGAUAAAUGCAACUAUGAAAUUUCGUACGAAGAUUGGAUUUUUGAACCUGACGACAUUGGUACGGAACCUUAUAUUUUUAAAUCCACACAGUUGCCAAAAAAUGAACGUUUACUCCCAACUGAGGCCAAUGGCCAUUUGGGGUACACUUUGACCUCUGAUGCAAUUUAUAUGAACGGUUUGUAUAAUGGUGAAGGUGGUAGGAGUCAUAGGGCCAGAAUUAGGGCCCAUAUAAGGUGUGGGCCAUCGAUGGAAAAUUUUGGAGGACAUUUGGAAAGGAAGAGUUUGGGACAUUAUGAGUUGGAUGUUAAGAAAGGAAUUUAUAAAUCACUACGACGUACAAAAGAAUAUAUAUAUGAAAAACUUAUUUACGCCCACAAAUUUUAUACAAGGACUUUGAUAACUCAAAUCAGGAUUAGAAAUAUUGUUAAUAGGACAUUACACAUUCCAAUGGAAUGCGAUCCUGGUCCCACAAGCCAAGACAUACGUUUCGAUCCAACAAAAUCCGGCAUCUUCAACAACGGCAAAACAAGAACAGGCAUCUACAGGGAAUGCGGCGAGACUGCCCUAGCCGAGAACAAAACCUACCAGAAAAAUUUAACACCAGUUUGCGUGUACUGGGUGAAUGCCACGGAUGUUGAAAUCCAACCGUUGGAUGUCGUUGAUGUCGUUUUGGUUCAGAGCAUGGAUAAUAAAAGAAAUAUUGCUGAGAAAGAGAUAUUGGAUGUUUUAAAUUUGGCGCCAAAAAAUUUACUAGACACCCACAUCAAGGCUUGGCAAGAAACUUGGAACGAAGCUCGCAUCGAAAUCGAAGGCGAUUUUAAAACUAUUUACGGAAGCCUCUAUUACAUUUUGAGCUCACUGCCGUCCACCAGAACGAACCAGAAACCGAUGGAGUUCUUCGGGUUGAGCCCUGGAAGUUUGGCGAGAGGAAGUGAAGUUUUGGAUUAUGAAGGUCAUAAUUUCUGGGAUACAGAAAUUUGGAUGUUCCCAGUAAUUUUACUGCUGCGACCGGAUUUAGCUGAAAUUUUGCUGCAAUAUCGAGCUUCAAAAAAAAUUGCUGCCAAAGAUUUGGCUGCGGAAAUCGGUUGCCGCGGUAUUAGGUUUCCCUGGGAAAGUGCCUUUACAGGCUACGAAACAACACCCUGUUGCCCAGAAGUUGCCAAAUAUCAACAUCAUAUCACCGCAGACGUUUCUUUUGCCAUCAGGCAAUACUUGGCAGUUAAGGACCAGAAGAUCCUUGAGGAUCACGGGUGUGAUUUGCUGUUGGACAUUGCAGAAUUUUGGAGCUCCAGGGUUGAAUUUAAUACUUCGACUCAAAAAUACGAUAUAAAUUAUGUAAUGGGACCAGAUGAGGAUCAUUUCAACAUCAAUAAUUCUGUAUACACAAAUGUGGCUGCUGGUUUGGCUUUGUAUUUGGGAGAGUACGCAAAUGCAUUUGUGGACAUUUUUCUAAUUCCCAAAAAUUAUGCAGAAAUUGCUAAACACCUAACACUACUAUACGACCAAAAAAAUUAUCAUCCCGAGUUCCAAGGAUUUAAUCCACAAACCGAGAAAAUCAAACAGGCUGAUGUGUGUAUUGGAUAUCCUUUGCAGUAUCCAAUGGAAAGUUCUACAAGGAUGAACGAUUUGAAGAUUAUGGGACCAAUAACCAGAGACAGUGGACCAGCAAUGACCUGGGCAAUGCUUCUAUAA